AUGGUGCCAGACACUGACUUCUCCUUGGCCCUCACCAAGCCUCUAGAUGUUGUCCAGCAGAUCUACAAUGAUGCACAGGACAAGACGCAAACCAACAUCACCAAGUCGGUGGAGACGCACUUUCGCCAGCUAUUUUCUUCUCCCGACGCAAGCGCAAAGAUCCCUUCCCUAUCACCCGACAACAUCAGCACGCUCCUCCCGAAGCCCGAUUCAAAUCCGUCGAGCACCCAUCGGCUGGUCCGCUUCCGCGCCAUGAUCCAGGAUACCGGUCUUGGCACCGAGGUGUUCCUCGCAAAGCACCAGCACGACGGCCGCACCUUCACGGGGUUGUACGGCGGCGAGGCGAGCAUUGCGAGCUCUCAAGAUACGGCGGACCACUCGGAACAUGACGAGCUCGAUCAUCAGAACCUCGCUGAAAGGACCGUCAUGUAUGCCGUCUCUGUGCCUGGUCAGCCUGCAUGGGCAGCAGAAGCCCACCGCGAGGCAGCCGCGGCACAAAGCUCUCACUCCGACGUCGACCAGCUUGCCAGCGCUACUUCGGCAGUGACGCUGGACGAGCCACAAUCUCCCCAGAAAGUGCAAGAGGUCCGCGAGCGCAUUCGCAAAGCCGCACAGAAGGGCAAAGAGAUUGGCUCGGCAGGCAAGGAGCCCCGAUUGGUAGCUAUCUCGAAGCUGCACCCACCGUCUGCCAUCCUUGCAGCUCACAAGAAGGCAGAUCAGCUUCACUUUGGCGAGAACUACGUACAAGAGAUGGUGGACAAGGCCAAGGUGCUUCCUCGAGAGAUUCGAUGGCACUUUGUCGGUGGACUGCAGAGCAACAAGGGCAAGCUGCUGGCUUCCAUCCCGAACUUGUACCUUCUCGAGACGCUCGACUCGGUCAAGGCUGCCAACGUCCUGCAAAAGGCCCUUUCGUCGCCUGAUGCAGCGAAAAGAGACGAGCCGCUGCGGGUCUACCUCCAGGUCAACACCAGUGGUGAAGACGCCAAGAGUGGCUUGCCGCCCAUUUCAUCGGAAGACGCCGAGCAAGCCAAGGACAGCGAGUUGCUACAGCUGGCGAUUCAUGUCAUCACGAAGUGCCCUGAACUUCGUCUGCGAGGUGUCAUGACCAUCGGUGCAGCCGACAACAGCUCGAGCGCCAGUGCUGAGUCUGCCAAGAGCGUCGACGAGAUCAUCUCCGCCAACCCGGAUUUCGAAAGGCUCAUCCAGACCCGUACGAACCUCGUUCAGCUUCUACGCAAUUCCAAUGAUGUUCAGAAAGCAGACGAGCCGCACAUCAAGGAGGCUUAUGCGGAUCUGCUGGAGGGCACUGACGCGACUGGCGGUCUGGAGCUCAGCAUGGGCAUGUCAGCCGACAUGGACGUUGCGACGAUGGCUGGUAGCGACAAUGUCCGCGUAGGUACCGACUGCUUCGGCCGUCGUCCCGGCACUAGGGAGGAAGCGACGAACGGCAUGAAGCGCGAGCUCGAGGUGGGCCCAGAGGCUGCGGCUGAGGAGCUGCGAAGUCAGCAGACUCCGUCAACGUCAUCCAACUCCGCUUCCUCCUCCGAGCCCAACAAGACCAGCCUGCCCCGCGCGUACCUUGCCAAGUCUCCACUUCCUGAGGUGCCUCACGUCGGCGGGCUGAUCAAGCUAUACGAUCUCGACGCAGCAGAGAAGUUCAAGACAACCGAGCUGAUCGAGGUGGUCGGCAUCCUGGACACUGCUGGACUUCCACAAGCUGAAUGGCAAGAGACCGGAUCUGCUGCCGGAUCGUCGUCUGAGCCUGCGCAGGUGCCCUGCGUGCACGCGUUGUAUGCUUCCUCGGUAGACCUCGACUCCCUUGCAGUCGAAGCGUCGAGUUCGAGCGUCCUGUCGCAAUCAUCAGAGCGAGAGGCUUUGGUGGACUACCUCGCCGGCGCGCUUGGUGGGGACAAGGUUGCCGCUGAGCUCGUUCUGCUCGCUACAAUUGCGCGCAUUCACGUCCGUCGCGCAAACCUUUGCCUCGGCGCGCUCACGCUGAACGUGUCCAACUUUGGCGCGCCUGCAUCAGCCAAGACAGCACAGACCGAGCUCUCGCGUCGACUCACCCAGCUGCUGCCCGCAGUGGUGGAUGUCUCGAUGGACCUGUCGACGCUCAACGACGACAAGAAGCCGCUGUACCCACGAAGCGCUGGCGAAGGGACCGGUCUCGAAGCUGGGCGACUGCAGCUGGUCAACGGAACCACGGUUGUCGUCAACGAAGGCACGAUGGGCGAGGGGCAACUCAAAGACACGGGCAUCCGCAACAUCAAGGCGCUCUCGUCGGUGUUGGAGUCGCAUAAGCUCCCAUACGCCUUCCCGUACUCCGAGUUCGAAUUCGACGCGGACCUCAACGCUAUCAUCCUCAGUCAGGGGAAGAGCUUCUUGCCAUUCGACAUUCAGUGUCCCCUGCAACCCGGCAACGCCGACUUGUACGCGGACUCGGCUGCUCAGGUGGACGAGUCGAAACUGCGGGAAUGGAGGAAGGCGCUUGCGCACGCCCGAAGCGUGGCAACCGCCAAAGCGUUCGAGAUCCCGGAAAGCGUCAGCGAGCAUAUCCAGCAGGAGUUUGUGGCGGAGCGAAAGAAGGAGCAGGAGGAAGCGAAGGAUUCGCAUGGUGGUGCUAGCAGCCAGGAGGGUGCGCUGGGUCAGGAGGAUCUGCUGCGCAGGAUGGCCAUCGUCCGCUUGCUCGCUCUGUCGCAUGGCGAGAAGAGUCUGUCGACCGACAUGUGGAAGAAGGCGGUCGAGCUGGACAAGACCUUGGCACAGCGCGUAGCGGCCACGCAGCAAGGCCAACAGCGACAGCAGCCCUCUGCUUCCACCAACGUUUCCCGAUGA